GCAGAACUUCCUAUAAAGCUACUGUCCCUCUGAUUCUUAGUCGCAUGGAUUUUAUGCACCCGUACCCGUCAAAUUUCUCAUUCAACCCUGUGGCAACAAUGUUCAAGCAAUACUUGUGCACAUUUUUGCUUUUCUGGUUUUCUCUUGUUAGUGCCCAGGAUAAAACUUCUAGCAGCCCAGCAACUACUUCAACUUCGAGUGCUAUCCAAACAGUCGAUGUCGGUGAAGACGGCUUGACGUUUAAACCUGAUACUAUCAACGUUGCUCCCGGUGGCAAAGUCGAAUUCCAUUUUUAUCCAGGUAGUCAUGGAGUCGCCGAGGCCUCAUUUACCAAAUCGUGCCACCCGCUCAGUGAUACUAGCUUUUUUAGUGGAUUUAUAGAUUCUGCUUCUGGUGAAUCUACCACUGUCUUCACACUAACUGUUAAUAACACGGAUCCUAUCUGGUAUUACUGUCCCAGGACUGGACACUGUGAAGCUGGAAUGGUUGGGGUCAUCAACCCCCCGUAAGUGUCGAUGGGCUAAAUACCAUUGGAUAGAAUACCUAACCCUCUCAUUAGCACCGCUGGCCCAGACAGUCUUGAUGCAUUCAGGUCGGCAG